GGUGCGCGGGGCCGGGAGGCGGGCGUCGGGCGCGGGUGGCUUUCGGCGGAGGAGGCCUCGGCCUGACGCCGGCCACGCAGCGUUGGGAGCGCGCGCCCCAGGGCGGCGGCGUCCUGGAGACCCCCGAGAGAUGGAAGCUGCGGCGCCGGCGGCGGCCGAGGCGGCUGGGCGUGAGGAGCUCGAUAUGGAUGUAAUGAGGCCCUUGAUAAAUGAGCAGAAUUUUGAUGGGACAUCAGAUGAAGAACAUGAGCAAGAGCUCCUGCCUGUUCAGAAGCAUUACCAGCUUGAUGGUCAAGAGGGUAUUUCAUUUGUACAAACUCUUAUUCAUCUUCUUAAAGGAAAUAUUGGAACUGGUCUUUUAGGACUUCCACUGGCAAUAAAAAAUGCAGGCAUAGUGCUUGGACCAAUCAGCCUUGUGUUUAUAGGAAUUAUUUCUGUUCACUCUAUGCACAUUUUGGUACGUUGCAGUCACUUUCUCUGUCAGAGGUUUAAAAAGUCAACAUUAGGAUAUAGUGACACUGUGAGUUUUGCUAUGGAAGUAAGUCCUUGGAGUUGUCUGCAGAAGCAAGCAGCAUGGGGACGGAGUGUGGUUGACUUUUUUCUGGUGAUAACACAGCUGGGAUUCUGUAGUGUUUAUAUUGUCUUCUUAGCUGAAAAUGUGAAACAAGUUCAUGAAGGAUUCCUGGAGAGUAAAGUGUUUGUUUUGAAUAGUACCAAUUCUUCAGAUCCAUGUGAGAGAAGAACUAUUGACCUAAGGAUAUACAUGCUUUGCUUUCUUCCAUUUUUAAUUCUUUUGGUCUUCAUUCGUGAGCUCAAAAAUCUAUUCGUGCUGUCAUUCCUUGCCAACGUUUCCAUGGCUGUCAGUCUUGUGAUAAUUUAUCAGUACGUUGUGAGGAAUAUGCCAGAUCCCCACAACCUUCCAAUAGUGGCUGGUUGGAAAAAAUACCCUCUCUUUUUUGGUACUGCUGUAUUUGCUUUUGAAGGCAUAGGAGUGGUCCUUCCACUGGAAAAUCAAAUGAAAGAAUCGAAACGCUUCCCCCAAGCACUGAAUAUUGGCAUGGGAAUCGUUACAACUCUGUAUGUAACAUUAGCUACCUUAGGAUAUAUGUGUUUCCAUGAUGAAAUCAAAGGCAGCAUAACUUUAAAUCUUCCUCAAGAUGUAUGGUUGUAUCAAUCAGUGAAAAUUCUGUAUUCCUUUGGCAUCUUUGUGACAUAUUCAAUUCAGUUCUAUGUUCCAGCAGAGAUAAUUAUCCCUGUGAUCACAUCUAAAUUUCAUGCUAAAUGGAAGCAAGUCUGUGAAUUUGCAAUAAGGUCCUUCUUGGUUAUUAUUACUUGUGCUGGAGCAAUUCUCAUUCCUCGUUUAGACAUCGUGCUUUCCUUUGUUGGAGCUGUGAGCAGCAGCACAUUGGCCCUGACCCUGCCGCCUCUGGUUGAAAUUCUCACGUUUUCUAAGGAACACUACAAUAUAUGGAUGGUCCUGAAGAAUAUUUCUAUCGCGUUCACUGGAGUUCUUGGUUUCUUGUUAGGUACAUAUGUAACUGUUGAAGAAAUUAUUUAUCCUACUCCCAGAGUUAUCGCUGGCACUCCACAAAGUCCCUCUUUAAAUUUGAAUUCGACAUGCUUUACGUCUGGUUUGAAAUAGUAGAAGCAGAAUUAUGAGUCUCACGUCUGAAAAUGAUUAAAAUAAGAACCAGUAGAACACAUCACCAUAUACUUAAAAACUGUUUCUUUUGGCACAGCAUUGAUAUUUUGGCAGUAAGUUAUAAUUCUUUACCAGUGCUAAUAAACUACGACGGAUUCUUGGUUUUACGUAUUAGCAGUAAUUUCAAAAAUUUUAGUUUUGAAGACUGAAAAAAUUGAAAUGUUAAAAAAAAUUAAAGAAUAGAAACGAUUCUUUUAUUCUUCACUCAGUCAGAAAUACUUUAACCAAGAUUCUCUCUUUUACCUCCAUUCUACUCUUUUGCCACCCAGUUGAGGAGAGAACAGGGUUUCAACAGUAAGAGAAUUAAAGAAGGUGUAGGUGACUAAAAUCUCACCAUGCCAAUGAAUUUCAAAGUAUACUUUGUAUGUAAUGUAGAAAUAUCUCGAUUAUGUUUUUAUUAGAGAGCCAAGUACUUACUUUUACCCCCUGGAAGUUUAGAGAACUCUCAUUAGCCAUAAUGAGAAAUGAGCAUCAGAAAAUCCCCCAAACCAGAAUUAUUUUUACACUAUUCUUUUAGCUGAUUUUCAUAAUGAAAACCAAGAGGCACUGUGCAACAUCCUCACUUAGUGUUUCAACCAAAUUUGAAAGAGACUUUAAGGGUAUCCAAUACAAAUUCCUUUUUUUUUUUUUACCUGAGGAAAUGGACACCCAGGAUGGUUAAGUAACUUGAUCAAGACCACUCAGCCAUGAGAUCAAGAGAACCUGAUCUUUUGAUUCCCAGUCCAGGAUUUUUUUUUUUUUUUUUUUUUUGUUUGUUUUGUUUUGUUCUUUUUUUUUAUUUUAUUUUAUUUUUUUUAUUAUUAUUAUUUUAUUUUUUUUUUUGGGGGGUACACCAGGUUCAAUCAACUGUUUUUAUACACAUAUCCCCAUAUUCCCUCCCUUCCUUGACGCCCCCCCCUCGAGUCCCCCCCACCCUCCCUGCCCCAGUCCUCUAAGGCAUCUUCCAUCCUCGAGUUGCCCAGUCCAGGAUUUUUUAUCUUUCACUUUCAUCCUAGAAAAAGAAUAAAUUGUGUUCAGUUUAACUUCAGUAUUAAGCCUAUUUAAUUACAUUUUAAUACUUUGUAAGUCAUGAUCUUUGACAAGUAUAUGUGACCUGAGCAGAAAGGGAACUCUAAAAAGCCUGCACUACAGCCAUGUAAGCCUCAACAUGGGAAAGAAGUGGUGCUUUUUAAACAGAAUAGAAACACCUUGGUGGUUUAACUGCUGGCUGGUAGAAGGUGCCCAGCUGUCCUGUGUGUGGAUUCAGCUCUCCUUAUUGUAUAUUCCUUUCUAGGUUUGUAGGCACCAUCUUUCCUAAUGGCAAAAAAUAGAGAUCUGACACAAUACAGGACUUGAGCACUCUUUCCAGCCUCAUGGCUUUCCUUAUCAUAGAUUUCUAUUGAUCUGAAUGGGCAGAAUAAGAGAAAGCGAUUCAGGCUUAGGAAAAAUCAAGACAGUAGUAAACUCUGCUAAAUACUGAGACGCUCCAGGCUUCUUCCAGAGAAAUACCUUCUUUUCCUCUGUAUUCUUCAAGUCCAGUUAUUAACCAAAACAAAGAAUCCCAAUAGGCAUGGAAUAUGAAAAUGGUUAAGUUUAAAACUAAGAAUCUUGAUAUUUUUUCAUAUUUUAAAACUCAUUGAACUUUUUAGUCAGGUUGGCGAUACUCUAAUUUGUUUUGUUUUUAAUUUGAAAGAGUUUUAUUGAGAUAUAAUUGACAUAUAAUAAAUUGCAUAUAUUUAAAGUGUACAAUUUGAUAUUUUUUCUUAUUAGUUAUCUAUUUUAUACAUAUUAGUGUAUAUAUAUCAAUCCCAAUCUCCCAAUUCAUCCCACUCUAAUUUGUAAUACUUAAGAUAUCACCACAAUCACUGACUGUAGUAUAUAUAUUCUAUAUUUUUAUAUGUAAAUGUUAGUUCAAGUAUUUUUUUGCUUAAAUCAUUGUCAUCGAUUAUAAUCCUAAAGAUAUAUCAGAAGCUUUAUUUUGGUACAAAUUCUUAAGAAUCAAAACUUUUUAAAAAACAUUUGCAUUGAGAAUCACCAAUAAUUGUUUCUUACACUUUUAUGUCAAAUCUGUUAUGUUGAACCUUUAGUCAUGGGAGAAUGCGGAAGAAGUUAUAGGAAAAGUAAUUGUCAUUGAAACUAGUGUUAUAUAAUCUUGACUCUAAUAGUAAAUUAGGUGGGGUUUUUUUAGUGUAUAACUUGGUAUAAAGUGACUUGAAAACUAUUAUUUAAUACAAAGCACUAUUAGGUUUUUGUCAGCUGUCUUCAGAUAAUAUUUCUAGUCUGUGUGAAAUUUUAUUUUUAUACUUUUGCCUUUGUUUAUUUUCCUUAUGGAAUUUACCAAAUUUAAUGAAAUUUCAAAUGGUUGAUCAUAGCAAUAUGUAAAUUUUAAAUUCAGUGAACAAGUGUUGAGUACAUUAUCAACCAGGCUUCCUUAAGCAGUGAGUGCUGACUUGACAUCCAGUACUCAAUUCACUAAAUUAUCAGUACUUUAAAUACAAGAGAAAAGUUGAAAUGCAGAAAGGAAGAGGGGCUAAGAAGGAAGAGAGUAGUUUUAACUCUUAACAAGAAAUACUAUUUAGGUGUAUAAAUGCACUCUUAUUUAGGGAUUUUUGAUGAUAUGUUUUAUUUGCAAAAAAUCAGGCAAUAUUUUUCCUCUGAAAAUUUAGUUUUAAUGAGUCAUAACAUUUUCUAAAGAUUCUUGGAGAAGAUACUUUGAUUAAACCAGCUGUUGAUUUUAUUUGGGGACCUAGAAAAAUGAGAGUGAUUGCACCUGUCAAAUUUUGUAUCCAGUAUCUUUGAUCCAUUACAUUAUGGCUUAAAUGUAAUUCAUCUGCCACCACAGUAAAGCACCCUCUUCUCUGACAGCUAAUCAGGUGCCUAUGAGCCUUUUCUGCUACUGGAGUGGGGGAGAGAAAGGAAAGCUUUAUUCACCUCUGAUGACCUCUAAGUCAGUCAUCACUGUUUCCUUACACUCAAAAAGGUUUCACCAGUUUCAGAGUCAACUUGUCAAAACAGUGACUCUCAGACCUUUAUUUUUUAUCAGAGAAUCUUCUUUUCCCCACAGGGCCAGGUUUCUCCACAAUUGAAGAAAUAAGACCUAGUUUUUUCUUAAAGACCAAUUUGUAUCGUGUUACCAAAUGAAAAAAAGUACUGUGUUAGCAAAUGCCACAUUAUGUUUUAAUUCUGUCCUCUCUGGAUUCUCCUCUAUUAAUAAACAGUUUCUGCCUCUUGUC